AUGGAGGGCGUCAACGAAGACCAGGCAUCAUCGCCCUCAUCUCACCAGCACCCCGACAAGGAUGUCUUCCCCUUCUUUCGUUUGCCCCGCGAGCUGCGUGACAACAUCUACGACCUCGCCCUCGUCCCCAGGUCGGACUUUACCAUUCAAAAUCCCCGCCCGCAGCGUUGGGGCCCUCCGAUGUCCCAGGAGGCAUUCACGCCCACGAAUGCAACCACGCCCGCCAUGGCAACCACGUCCGGGGUCCCCGCCUGGUUCACGAAUGAGUAUGCUCAAGACAACGUGCCCAUCUUUCCGCACGCGGAUAUCCGUCCUCCCCCCGGCGCCUUCCUUUCCCCCUUCCUUUCCUACGAUGAACUCGUGCGCCUCCGUCCAAGCUUGCACGCGAGCGUCAACUUCCGUGCCAACGUCAACCUGCUGCUCACCAACAAGACGGUGAAGAACGAGUACGAGGCGCGUGCGAAGCUGGCCCUGACCCUCGUCCUCAAAGAUCACGAGAACUACGCCUUCCACCGCGUCAAGCUGCCCCCUCCAGCGCUCAAAGUGAAGCACGCCAAGUUCACCAUCAUCUUCUUCUGCCACGACUGCCGCAUGCUGCCUCACUUCGGGCCCAACACGUGCCAAGCGGCGGUGGAGAGCGCGCGGCACCGCCUGUGGAUCGAGAACUUGCUGCCGCAGCUCACGGAGCUUAAGACGCUCACCAUCGACGCGCUGCUGUGCUUCCAAGGCUGGACGCCCGCGGACAAGAGCAAGCUGCUGUGCGAGGAGGUGCUGGAGGACAGGAUCCCCAAGUUCUAUGGCAUGGAUAAGUUCACGCGUCUCACGCUGUCGAAGUAUGACUUCACGGCGCAGCCGGACUUGCAGGGGGAGAGGGUGAAGGUGUUGGAGUGGACGCCCAAGGGUGGUGAGGUGAAGGUUGGCGAGAAGAAGGAGGAGGAGAAGAUGAAGGAUGACACUGAGGGGCCCGUGAAGGAGAAGACCAAGACGAAGACGGGGACGGGGACGGUGAAUGCGCAUGGGGAGGAAGAUGAUGAUGGUGAUGGCGAUGCGGACGUUGACGGAGAUGACGAUGGUAACGAAGCCAGCGGUGAGGACGAAGACGAGGACGGCACGGAAGCCAUGAACGUCGACGAGGCUGACGCGAACGACGCCGGCAACGAAGAGGACGAGUACGACGCCGCGCUCUACGGUUUGAGCGCGUAA